UCAUAUUUGCAGCUUGUCUUUCGGAGUGGCCACAUUCACACUUUUUCAAAGCUAAUAACCGUGUAGCGAUAUGGAUCUACCUAGUGGUGUUACCCUGUGAAUUAUGUAGUUCACAUCUCUGCUUUCCAGGAAAUUGCACAGACCAAGGAGUAAGAAUCUGCUAACAAGCUUAGAGACCUAGUAUGGAAAUACAUAUGAAAAUUCCCAAUCCCGUUCCCAAGUUCCAAAUUAAAAAUGAAGGGAAAUCUUUUCAACACCUCUCCUCACACUAAAAACAUAAAUUCAGAUCAUGAAUUUGUGUGUGAUCCACGAUGGUACUUAGGCAGUUAAGUCUUAGGCACCUAUCUCCAUGAUAGGGACAGGUUUUAGCACACAUCUGGUUGAUGUUGCCCAUUGGCUGGCUUCAGUGGCUCCUUACCUAGUAUGCUGGCUUUGUAGAUCACAGUCUAAGGCUCCUAUCUGUCCCCAUUCAUUGUAUAGGAGCUUAGGCGCCUACCUCAGGCUUUGUGGAUCGCUGUGCUGUUCUUGUGAUGUUUCUAGAAGCCUAGAAGUUAGGUGUUGCGAUGCUGAACAUUGUAGCACCUAAGUCCCUUCCUGCAUCUGGGCCUUUGAAACUGUACUGCACAACUGGCUGUGUCAUAAAACUGAAACUCCAUGUACCAUAUGCAAACUUUGGAAAUUAAUUGUCUCACAAUCUGUAUUUAUUCAGAUAAUUGCACAUACCUCUUACAUUUACAAAGUCAUCUUGCUUUAGUUUUUUUGGUUCAGUGACCCUAAAAGGUUUUUAAUUGUCUGUAUUUAUUUAUAUAAUGAUACAAUUUUUUAUAAAGAAAACUGGCCCUAUUUCUGGUUUAUAAUUAUUCAGAAGGAAAAAAGGUUGUUAAAAUAUCCUCUUUUGGCAGUUGCUGAAUACAGUGUUAGAUGGUCUAUACCAUGCAUGUUCUGUCCUUUCAGCAUAGAGUCAAUGGUUCGGUAUAACGUGUUUGGAAUAUACAGCAAGCCAUUGAGCAAAUGCCAUUGAUGACCAGGGACUCCAUUGAGUAUGCUUAGAUGGAUUUAUUCUAGAAGCCUGCUUGACAAUGUCAAGGCAGAACUGUUUAGAAAGGACAGGUGCCAUAAAGGACCAAAAGAAUGGACAAAAUGGCAGAUUACAUGUGUUUGGUCCAAAAGAAGAAGUGAUUAUUGAACCAAUUCAAACAAUGCCAUGCCCUGAGCUGUAUUACAGGCAGUUAAUUGAAUGGAGUAUGUGUAGAAGAACAGGGGAAUAUUCUCAACAUGGAUGGGGAACUAAUCAGCAUGGAUUUGGACCAGAAUCUACAAACAAAGUUUAUACCCCAACAAAACAAAUCUCAUUAUGUGCAGCUAAAUCAACUUUUGAAAAAUGGGACGCUUCUGCAAAAAUUAUAAAAAAGAAAAAUUCAUCUAGGAUUCAAGAGACUAAUUUAAGAUCACCCCAGUACAUACAAGAAACUACAGAUGAUAAAGAAAAAAAUUCCAGAAAUGUAGAAAAGCCAGCAAAUAAUGAACUCAGCACUGAAUUUCCGACAAAUAGUAUUGAGGACCAUAAUACUGAUGAGCAGCUGUCAGAAACUACAGAUGACGAUGAAAGCAGCAGUGAAAAUGAAGAUAGAAAAAUAAAUGCACCAAUAGAGUUGCUGGGAGAGUUCCUGAAAGCAAUUAUGGAUCAAGACUACAGUCUCUCAAAAAAACUUUGUCAGAUGAUUCUAAUCUAUGAACCAGAAAAUACUGAGGCCAAGCAGUUUCUUCCACUUCUUGAAGAAAAGUUGCUGAUAGAAAGUACACAGAAUUUUGGUGAUGAAGAGGGUGAAGAAACGGAUGAAGGAAGCAGUGAGGACAGUGAAGAGGAUACUAGCAGUUCAGAUAGCAGUGAUGAUGAAGGAGAAGAAAGUUCUGGUGAUUCUGAUGAAAACGUAUAGCAGUUUGGUAAUUCUUCUAUACUCCCUAUAGGUUGAUUAUUUUGAUUCUUCUGUACUUUUUAAACACCAUAUUAAAAUGCACUGUUUAAUCAUUAUCACUUUUCUCCCUCUUAAACUGCUGCAUUCUUUUGCAUAUAGAUUGCCUCCCCACUCACACACAGCCCACCAUACCAGUGGUUCUCAACCAAGGGCACAUGUACCCCCGGGAGUACACAGAGGUCUUCCAGGGGGUACAUCAACUCAUCUAGAUACUUAACUAGUUUUACAACAGGCUAAUAAAAAACACUAG